GCAGCGGUGAUAGCCCAGUGAGCACACCUUGAGUUGACCCAGGGCACAGACCUCAGUUGGGACCAAAGCGGAGGAGAAUGAGCCCCUCUGGAGCAAGUUCAGGACCUAGAAUCGGCGGCUGCUACACUGGCAGAGGCAACAUUGAUGAGACGCAUGGCAGUAAGAACCUGAAGCGAAUCGGAGUGAUUCUCCAACGAGGGAUCCUCAUUCUCCUGAUCACCUGCUUUCCCUGCUGGGCUCUCUUCAUAAACAUUGAGCACAUCCUGCUGGCUUUGAAACAGUCUCCUGCAGUAGCCAACUCCUCACCUUUAUCCUGCCGGUGGAAUAAAACAUUCACAGGGUGAGUGAUGGAGAAACAGGAGGGUGGAAAAACUCAGCAAGACAGGCAGCAUGUGGAUGAGGAGGAGUCAACUUUUCAGAUUCCUCUGUUGGAAUUGGCUGGGAACCUCAGUCCUUUGGCUUGUGGUCUCCGCAGGAAUAAGGAGACGAAUAAAAAUAUAAAAAUACUCACAGCCAUGGCAUCAAACAGAUGGAAAGCAGCACAAAAUGGAAUUAUUUCUGCUACUAAUUCAACAAUUUCUCUGGAAAAUGAAAGUAAACACAAAGCCUUCACAUAAUUUUGAAUCCAUUUUGCAAAGUCAUGUUAUUGUGUUUAUUUUUGCUCAUAUUUGUUUUUGUUACUAACUUGUCACUGAUGAAGAUAUAGCCCACCACAUCCUUUAUUGCUCCAAGUAUCGCAGCAUUGACUAAGCAAAAAGCCCCUGUGGAAACAUGUAUAUAAAAACAAUUCUCAUUGAAUAACAUAGUUGAAGUUUUAGAUAGUUUCUUUUAAUGAAAUCACACUUCAUUGCUUCUGUUUCCCUUCCCUUUUUCCAUUCCAGGACACUGCUGUACCGUGUGUCAACUCCCUGUCUGUGUACAAUUUAGUGGAUCCCAAUCCCCCUCAACCAAUCCCUAGGACCAGCUCGGAGGAAUUUCUUCCAACCUAAGCCUAGUUAGUUAAUGUCAAAUUCAACUGAGAUGGAGAAGAUAUGGUCUGAUCCUUGGUUAAUUGUUCAUCUUCCCCAUCCUAAGCCCUGGUUUGGAUAACCAUUAGGAAUAGACCC